CCAUACUCUAUUUUUAAUAUUCUUUGUUAUCCAUUCGUUAAUUUCAUCCUUUAAAAUCGCUUUCACUACCAUAAUAACCUAAAAAAAAAUAAAAUAAAAGGGUCUUCAGCGACCAUUAAAUUAAUCCAAGCAAAGAUAUUGACAAAAAUGGUUUCUAAAUCGUUUUUAAAACGAUUUCGAAAACUAGAUGCAUAUGCAAAGACGUUAGAUGAUUUUCGAGUUAGGACGGCAACUGGUGGCACAGUUACCUUAAUUAGUUUUUUCAUCAUUAUUUUACUUGUGCUUUUUGAAGUAACAAGGUAUAUGACGCCUAUAAUGAAGUCAGAAAUCAUUGUCGAUGGUGGAAAAAUGGAAAAAAUGCCAAUUUCAUUCGACAUUACUUUUCCUCAUCUGCCUUGUUACAUGCUAAGUUUGGAUAUCAUGGAUGAAAGUGGUGAGCAUAUUAGUGAAUAUGAUCAUGAUGUAUAUAAAGAAAGACUUGAUUCAAGUGGCAAAACUAUUUUAAAGGAAAAAUCAGACGAUCCGCGAAACGAAGCAGCAAAAUUAGUGUUAAAUCAUAACGGUGAUUUACCCGAUAAUUACUGUGGGCCAUGUUAUGGAGCAAAUCCUGAAAAUAAAGAAAAUCCUUGUUGUAAUACUUGUGAAGAAGUUAGACGUGCAUAUGCUGAUAUGGGUUGGAGUGGAGAUGCUGAUAAAUUUGAACAGUGCGUAAGAGAAGGAUGGAAAGAAAAGACGACAGCACAAUCAAGAGAAGGAUGUCGUAUGCAUGGUACAUUAUCCGUUAAUAAAUUACGCGGUAAUUUCCAUUUCUCUGCUGGUAGAGCCUUUAGUCAAGGUGGUACUCAUAUUCAUGAUAUGUCCCAAUUCUUACAUAAUGAGUAUAACCAAAACUUUAUGCAUGAAAUUCAUCACUUACAAUUUGGAUCUCAUGAAUAUAAUUUACAUAAGCAAAAGCGUACAAAAUCAAGUACUCUUGUUCACCCUUUGGAUAAUACAAAAUGGGGAAAUAUGCAAGCUGCCAUGAUGUAUCAAUACUUUAUAAAAAUUGUUCCUACUGAAUUUGAUUUCCUUAAUGGUAAACAAACAAGAACUUUUCAAUAUUCGGUUAGUAAGCAAGAUCAGUUAGUAACAAAUGGUGGGGGACUUCCUGGUGUAUUCUUCAUGCUUGAUCAUUCGCCAAUGCGUAUCAUUUACUCAGAAUGGAGACCUACUCUUGGUAGCUUCUUAACUAGUCUAUGCGCUAUUGUUGGUGGUGUAUUUAGUGUAGCUAGUAUAAUUGAUAGUGCUCUUUAUAGAGCUGAAAGGAUAUCCAAGCAAAGAAAACAAUUAUAAUAAAGACAUUCCCCCUUUUUUUCUAGGGAAAUAUAAUUUGUGUCAUUUGUUUAGCUUAUUCCCACGUACAUAAAAUGGUAACUACGAAAUGAAUGUACAACAAUAGUAAUCAUAAAAUUGGUAUGCCG